AGGAAAAUUGUCAAAACUAUAUUAGGAUUAUGGCGAAAACCAGUACGGGAAAAUUACUUCUGUGCGGCACCAAUGCCUUUAAGCCAAUAUGUCGAGAGUACAACAUCUUAACCAAAAAUUAUACGUCAGCUAAAGAAAAACCCGGACAAGCAGUAUGUCCUUACGAUCCUCACCAUAACUCUACUGCGAUCUAUGUUGCUGACACACAAACUACAAUACAAAACAUACAACAAUCACCACACACGAUCCAAAAUUACAGAAUCGAGGACAUCCCCCCAGACAUCUGUCAACAGAGACAAUUCUAUCGAGUUAUCAAUGACAACGAUCUCAUCCCAGAUUUAGACAAUAAAAAUCUUCCCAACCCAAAAGGCAGCUUCCGCACCUGUUCUCUGAAUGUUGAUCUAGAAAUUCAGAAAUGUUUAUAUUUAUCGGUGAAUAUAAAACGAGUUGGUUCACGAUCUAAUGCAGGCACCUGUUGUCUGAAUGUUGAUCUAGAAAUUCAGAAAUGUUUAUAUUUAUCGGUGAAUAUAAAACGAGUUGGUUCACGAUCUAAUGCAGGCACCUGUUGUCUGAAUGUUGAUCUAGAAAUUCAGAAAUGUUUAUAUUUAUCGGUGAAUAUAAAACGAGUUGGUUCACGAUCAAAUGCAGGCACCUGUUGUCUGAAUGUUGAUCUAGAAAUUCAGAAAUGUUUAUAUUUAUCGGUGAAUAUAAAACGAGUUGGUUCACGAUCAAAUGCAGAUGUUAACUCAGACCACAACCCGUUAGUUGCUGACGUGAAAGUAAAAUUCAAAAGAAUUGAACUUAGGAAACAACAACCAAAAAUUAAUGUAAGAAUGCUCAAAAACGAAGAAAUAAAAAACAAAUUAAAAAAUAAUGUGAAUAAAUAUGCAAAAAACACUAACUGA